AUGGAGAAGUUUUAUAAAAUGGAUCUUAUGAAUAAGCAAAGAGAGAAGAAUCAAGCCUCCACUAUCCACCACCUUGAGACUCAAAUUUCGCAAAUGGCAAUUGCACUCCAAGGAAGAACUCAAUGUGGAUUUUCAUCCACUACGGAAAACAAUCCAAGGGAGCAACUCAAAGCGGUUAAACUUCGAAGUGGGAGAAACCUUGAAAAAUCGAAUGGCAAGAGGCAUAGAGUGGAAGAAGAGGAGCCUAAUGUUGAGGCAAAUGUUGCUAGCUCUAGUCAAGAGCUACCCACGGUUAGUGAGGAGGUUGUGAUUGAAGUAGAGGAGCCUUAUGUCAGAUCACCUUCAUUUAUUCCAUUUGUUCCUAAGGUUCCAUUUCCGAGUCGGUUAAGAAAGGCACCGGAUAACCACAAGUUGCACAAUUGUAGCCCAAUCAUCUUGAGCUAUUUACCGGCAAAGUUGAAAGAUCCAGGGAGUUUCACUAUACCUUGCACAAUUGGAAACAUGAAUUCUAUAAAUUUUUUAUGUGAUUUGGGUGCUUGCAUCAAUCUUAUGCCUUUGUUUCUUUUCUGGACGCUUUUUAGAGACCAGCCCAUGAAUAACACCUCGAUGGUACUCCAAUUAGCCGACCACUCUUUGAAGAAACCAUUCAGAAUAUUUAAAGAUGUGCUUGUGAAGGUGGAUAAGUUUAUAUUUCUGGUUGAUAUUGUCAUCUGA